AUCAUCCAGAACCGCAGAAGGUUAAAAUUUUAAAUGGCCAAACUAAAGAUGAAGUGACAGAGUACAUACGAGAGUUAGAUAAAGGCAGCUUACAGGGAUCCUCUGACUACGAUGUUUUCAUAUUUGUUUUUCUCACGUAUAUGUCAAAACCAACCAAAAACACUAAAUAUAGGGAUGAAAGAAUUCACCUCAAUGGUGGAAUGUAUUCUAUGGAGGAUUUUUACAAUGUUGCAAAAAUGUCAACAGUUAUGAGAAUGAAACCAAAGAUAUUUCUGGUUCAAUCCGAUGAUCUCAGUUUAUGUAUUGAGAAGGAAAUUGUUGCAGGCCCGGAAUUGGUAAUUGAAAAGAAAAUUCCACAGGAUGCGGAUAGGCUGAUAAUAUUGUCAGACAUUCCACAGAAGCUUGCCAAUCCUGAUAAAAAUUCAGAAGAAAAGCAUCCAUCGUUCAUGAUUAAAGCAUUUGGGGAGACACUGAUGGAGAAUAGCAAGCUUGCACCAGAAAAAAGGCUUGAUUUGUUGUCUCUGACGCCGUUGAUGAAUCAGAAAGUGAAAAACAAAAUUGAUGAAAUCCAAAGAGAAGAUUUAAGUGUGACUCUCGUAACAUCUACUCUCACAAAAUUGAUCAGAAUUUAAAUGAUGAAUAUUUUCAUUUGAAUUCAAAUUCAAAUGGUCGUGAACUUUGCUUCUUUUUAAAGGGCUAAUUUCAACAUACAUUACAGGGUUGCAGCCCCUGAAAGGACAGAAAUAGAUGUAAAAAUAUAUGAAUACAUGUGUAAAAGUUGUAAAAUCAUUAAUAGACUCUUAAUCCAAAAGUGCACAUUUGUUAUUUGAUAAGAAACAAUUUUUAUUGUGUGAUUCAAACAUGUCAUUGGGACCAAUAAUUACCUAGCUACGAGGGUCACUUAUUUUAUGAAGACUUACGUAACUUGAGUUUUUAAAAAGCUUCUGUUCAGAAAAUAUAAGGCUUAGAGGCUUGACAUUCAAUAUGUAUUGUAAUCAAGUAAUUUACAUUUUUCCUCAAAUAGUUACACUGGGGCGGAAAUCGGCCAUGUAGAAAUUGCCCAUGUCGAGGAAUCAGUCAUGUAGCUCUAUCAUAAUGUAGAAAGUCUUGAUGAAAAGAACACAUAAAAGGAUUUAAGCUUUCAAGCUUAACAGUCAUUAUAUUUGAGAUAUCAGAUACAUGUAUAUGUAAAUAAACUUAACCCUUAAUAAAAUAUUAUCCUGACCUAUGACCUUCAAAUUUUGAUCACAUUUAUGGUUUUUUGCUCACCUGAGCACGAAGUGUUCAAAGAUGCACUUUUGUGAUAACAGUUUUUCUGCUAUUCUUUGUCUGUCAUUGCCCAUAAUUUCUUUAAAUAACUACUCAUCCUUAACCACUUGAUGGAUUUUGACUAAACUUCACAAGGAUCAUGAGCCUUUACAAAAAUUAUAUAAAUGGAUCCAGUCUGAUGCACAAGUAGGUCACAGGAGCUAAAAAUAGACUUUAAAGAUGAAAAAUCUAAGAAAGUACAGCUCACAGAGAUUAGAUAUUUAGCAUGUAGUAUCAGCUUGUGGUCCUCUUCUAAUUAAAGUUAUAUAAAUCCUUUCCCCUGGGUCAAAAUUGAUUCUGCCCCAGGGUAAUUUACUUUAUAUAGACUACUAUAGGACAAUACAUGUAAGUUUUCUAAGUAUUUUUGUAAAACUGCAAUGCCCAGAGCUUAGAUAUUUUGCAUUUAACAUUGCUUAGUGGACCUCAACAAAAGCUAUAGUACUCCCUGCGGGUACCGUGUCCUUGCCCAUUCCGAUGUAAUCAGAAAAUUUGUUUCUUUACAUAUUGAAUGCCACCAAAUACAAUGUACUGUUUCCACCAUUAAAGUGAAAGUGGAAGUGCUGCUUUUUGUGAAGUUGGAGAAAUUGUUAAAAAAAAAAUUUCAUUUCAAAUAAAUUCUGUCAUUGAUAGGAAAAUCCAAAGCUGCCAGUGUGUUAAAAAUACUUCUUUAUUUUACCCCAUAUUUAACGGUUAAACUUAUAAUUUCAUGUUCCGACAAGUGAAGGUCGUCUGCUGAAACUGUAGUGACAUCACAUUCUGUUACAAAAAAUUAUACUGAAUGUAAAAAGGGCCAUCAAUUAACAUACCACGGUACCAUAGUGCUCUCCGUUUUAGCUCCCAUUCAAAACAUGGUUGACUGACUAUAGAUGUUUCUAAUUUAAAUCAUGGAGUUAUUUUAGGAAUGACAUGCGUAUUUUAAUGUCAAGAUGUGGCAGCAAAACACAAUUCAAUAAAAUAGUAAAUACAA